AUGUCGCUCAUCUGGGGCGCACUAGCCGAGCUCAUAGGUCUCGCUGCCGUCACUUCAACCUCGUACCUAUUCAUUGCCGUCGGUCUGGUCGCCUACACCCUGCCAAGAAAGCCUUGGCCGGAUCUUGUUCCCGCGCGGCUCGUCUUUGCCAUUGGCGGGAGUGGUGCCACGGCGAUGCUUUCGGGCAUCUUGUCAGAAUACUCCGGCUCCACAACAGCGCAGUCAUGGGAGGAGGAGGAAGGCGCAGAAGUCAUCCGGUCUGCAGGCCGGGACCCGGAGACGACCUCGGACGGGACAUUGCGGCCACCGUCCCGACCGCUGCUCGCUGAAGAAGGCGUUGAAGCUGAGGAGACGGACCGUCUGCUGGCUUCCGACGAGCAGGAAAGCAAUGGCAUUAGCCCUCUCGCGACUCAGAAGUCGGGUCGAUCGCGACACGGUCGUGUAGCGGCCAUCGCUGGCGUCUUUACCGGGCUAGGCGCGCUCAUCGCAGUCUUUGUUCUGGUGCGCCUUCCCGAAAAGAUCGCAGACUAUCUCGAGCAUCACGAGCACGGAGAUGCUCCGCAUAGCCCAUCGCAUGAUCGCAAGGAUGAUCUGUCCAUCCACCGAGCGACUGUCGGGACGUUCUGGCUUGUCGCAGCAUUAGCGCUGCUGAUAGCGUCCAUCACCGCACUAGGUCUGAGGCAACCCAAAAGCAGCACACGUCGACUCGGUGCAGCCGACGCCUUGCUCAAUCGAUCGCAGCAACGCCAAGGAGACUACGGAGCUCUGCACGACAGCACGAUCGCCCUCGCAGAUGACUCACGGCAGGCUCGACGAGCGCGGUUGCGGCAGAGGCAAGAACGACGACAGCAAGCCACAUGGGUCAAUGUGAUCCGCUCUCACAUCCGACGAUUUAUCAGCGCAUCCAUCGGCGGCUUCCGACUGGCCGGGAUGGGAAGCGCAACGGAUGAUACCGAAAAGGCAAAGGCACGGCAGCGCUUGGCAUUGGAGCUGCGCAUCGCGUAUCUCGGUGGCGCUCUAGCGAGAGCAUACACCAUUGGCACGACAGCCUUCCUGCCGCUGCUCGUGACGCAUCACUAUUACACCUCAGGGCUGUGCCGACAGCUGCCGUCACCCAAUCCGGACUCGCCGCUUCCGAACGACGAGCUGAAGAAGCUGUGUCGAAGCGCCUUCACCGCGACUGCCAUCUUAGGCGGCACUGCGCAGCUGACCGCUCUCCUCGCAUCGCCUUUCAUCGGGAUACUGUGCGACGCGCUUUCGCCUACCACGACCAUCUCGAUGACUUCAGCAUUGGGAGCAAUCGGCUUCUAUCUGCUAGGUGUCGGCACAUCCGGCUUUGCGGGAGACAAGCAGACGGGGGAAGAGACGCCGGACCCGUUGACAGGACUGUCGAUCGCCGCUGCUGUGCUCAUCGGCUUCGGCCAGAUCGGCGCAAUCGUAUCGAGCCUAGCUGGCUGUGCUCAAGCCAGAAGCCUCAUCGCGGAGCAAUACGCCCAAGAAGAACGAGAUGCAUCGCCGAAUCGAGAAGGUGAAGAGGCUGCCGAUGCUGUGUCCGCUUCCGACACCAUCAGACCACACGAGUCGGGCCGCCGCUCGCAAUCCGAAGAGUCUCGCGCGGCGGAGGCGGGCCAGGGCGCGGGUGCAAUCGCAGGAGCCUAUACUUGCACUGGGUCGCUCUCCAUCCUUAUCAUAUCAAAGCUCGGAGGGUUCCUAUUCGACAUGUACGUGCCCAGUCCGUUCCUACUGAUCGGCGGCUUCUCUGCAUUUGUAUCGCUUUGCGGGGUGGCUGUUAGCGUCGCAAAGAGGAUCAAGCGGCUCUAG